UUAAAUUUUGAUAAAAACCGGCUAAACUGUGGAACUGGGCCUUAUUACAAAACAACAUUGAGUUACAUAAUUUACUGACUGUUGGCCGUCUGCAGUUUUUUUCCACUUGCAUCAUGAUUUAUGUGUAACUUUCGUUGCACGUAACGUUUAGUAAGAGUUACGUCCUAAACAGUGUUUUGUUGCACGAGAUCGGCACAGUGCAAUGUGACUAAACGUUAUUGACAUCUUCCCCGAAUAUUUACGGAAUAGCGAUCUCGGUAUUACAGGAAAGGCUAAGUUCCCUGUGGAGAGAACAGCUUCUCACUGAGGUUUAUUUUGUGUGUUGUAGGUUUUAGGCAUGGCUAGACAACGCAAACCUCUUCCUGUAGAUCACACGAACUCAAGACAUUCAAAGAAGAGUCCGUCAAAGACUCAGGUGAAUGGUGGAAUAUUUUUGUACUGGAGGCAAGGCUUGGUAGUUAUUUGCCUUGUAAUUGCAGGAGUAAUAGGAUACAUGGGGUACUUGGAAACACGUGUCAAUACACCAUUUGACGAACAGAAGAUGGUGAUAAAAUCAGGUCUGGAUGUUCCUGAUCGCUACUGGGGUAGUUAUCGUCCAGGUCUGUACUUUGGAAUGAAGACGAGAGAUCCUUAUUCUCUUGUCACAGGUUUGAUGUGGUACUUCCCACACCAACUGCAUCCAGAUGGAGGCGGAAUAAGACAUUGGUGUGAGGAUGGAGAUAAUCUGGAUCGGUAUGGCUGGAUAGAACAUGAUGGACGAACUUUUGGAGUUCAAGAGAUAGAAGAUGGUCCAUUUAAAAUUACUACAUCUUUCGUGAAGAAACCUGGAGGACGUCGUGGAGGUGACUGGACAGCAAGAAUCAGUGUAACAUCCCAAGGCAGUCAAAUGCGAUAUGAACUCGUAUCGUUUCUUUUAUAUUCAGCCAUUGAAGAAAAGACCAAGGGUUGGAUUAAACCAAGUCGUUUCGGAAAUCAGCUGCUUACUGGUGUAACUGGGGAGACAGAUGGUUUGGGGGCAUUUACUGUGAAGUUUUACAAUCAUUCUGGUCAAGUGGAAGAUGUAUCAUAUCUUAGCACAAUUACUGAGGGCCUUCAUGUGCUGAAAGAGACUGUUAUUACAUCUCUGCGUGUGAUCACAGAUCCCCAGAAAGGUAUUCAGAAACGUAUUAUCUUGCCAGGAGAAUUACUUCCAUCAUCUGGUGCUGAAGGUAAGAGAGCAGAGCCCAACCUUGUGGUCACACAAGUAACGGCCAGAGUGCCGUUUGAACUCGAAAUGGCAUUUGAAUCUGGAAGUUACUUCGACCGACCAGGAAGUCUUAUUGGGGAAGCAUACAGCAGAGAACUGAGCCGGCUUCAGGAUGAUUUCCACCAUAAAUUUGAAGAAAAAUUCAGACUUGAGGCAAAAGGGUACAAGCCUGAUGAAAUUGCAUUUGCAAAAGCGGCAUUCAGUAAUUUGCUUGGUGGUGUGGGUUAUUUCUAUGGAGCAUCAAGGGUUGAGUCAUCAUAUACAAGAGGUCCAGUACCAUACUGGAAAGCACCACUGUAUUCUGCGGUUCCAUCAAGGAGUUUCUUCCCGAGAGGAUUUCUGUGGGAUGAAGGAUUCCAUGGUCUCUUGAUAUCAUCCUGGGAUCUUGAUAUAGAAUUAGACAUCAUCAGUCACUGGUUUGAUCUAAUGAAUGUAGAAGGUUGGAUUCCAAGAGAGCAGAUUUUGGGUCAGGAAGCUCUGAGCAAAGUUCCGGAACAAUUUGUGACACAGAGAAACACUAAUGCAAAUCCACCAACCUUUUUUCUAACUUUACAUUUUAUACUUCAGAACUUUGCAGAUAAAUUGACAGAGAAGGAAGGUCAUUUGGGAACUUUAGAGCGUCUCUAUCCUCGACUUCAAGCGUGGUUUGACUGGUUCAAUGGGACUCAAAUUGGUGACUUGUCUGGAUCAUAUCGGUGGAGAGGGAGAGAUGCUCUCACAAAGAGAGAAUUGAAUCCCGUAACUUUAACGUCAGGUCUUGAUGAUUAUCCACGAGCCUCUCACCCUGACAUGAAUGAACGUCAUGUAGACCUUCGCUGCUGGAUAACACUGGCAGCAUCCACAAUUUCAGAAAUUGCCAGAAUUCUUAAUCGAAAUGGUCAGAAAUAUGGCAACACAUAUGACUACCUAGCAGAUAACAGUCUCUUGAAUGAAUUACACUGGUCUCCCCGCACUCAAUCUUACGCGGACUUCGGGCUGCAUACAGAUGCUGUUGUCCUCAAACACCCUCCACCUCCAAAGUCACCACCAGGGCAUCAAGUUCCUCAAAAUACCGAUAAAAUUCGAGUGGUUUUGAAGGACCCAGAACUGCGCUUCGUUGAUUCCUCCUUUGGUUAUGUUAGUCUCUUCCCCUUUCUUUUACAAAUUCUGGAUCCUGCGUCUCCCAAACUUAACAAGGUAUUAGAUGACUUAAUAAAUCCGGAACUCUUAUGGACAAAUUAUGGCUUACGUUCUCUAGCAAAAACAGCACCACUGUAUAUGAAGAGGAACACAGAGCAUGACCCUCCUUACUGGCGGGGUCCAAUUUGGAUUAACCUCAACUAUAUGGUGGUGAGAGCACUAGAUCAUUACAGCAAAACAGAUAGUCCAUACAGAGAAAAAGCUAAGACUAUCUAUCAAGAACUGAAGCAAAAUUUGAUAAAAAAUAUCAUUAAGGAAUAUAGAAGAACAGGGUACAUUUGGGAGCAAUAUAAUGAUAAAACAGGACAGGGGCAAAGGUCAAGACCAUUCACAGGCUGGUCAUCUUUAGUUGUUUUGAUUAUGGCAGAAAUAUAUUAAUGCAAACAAAGAAUUAUUAACGUAACUCCGUAAUGAACUUAGGAUGGGGUCCAGUGGUUUGCUAUUGUGAACAUUAAAAUCAUUUUCGUCUUGGUUUCAUACGAGGCAAGAAAUUUCUUGAUGAGGAGAGUAUCAUCUUCUCAAGGAGAUUUCUUCUCCAUUGAGUUUUGUAAUAUUGGAAUGGGGUUAGGACGUGUUUGGCUGUUACAAGCAUCGUCUCUUGGUUAAUGUUGUAAUAUCAGAUAGUUUGAUUCUCAUUGAUUACAUGUGAAUUAUUCAGUUUUUCAUAUUUAAUUUCUCACUAUCAAAACUGCUUUUAAUUGUAAACCAUUCCAAAAGUUGAUUGCCUUGUGUUGCACUAAAUAUUAUUAUGGGAACAGUGUUAAUAAAUUUGUAUUGUAGCUUUACACUCUGUUAAUUGUAUAAAUACAGUUUUAAUAUAAAAUGACAAUUACACACAAGA